AUGGCACCGGAGGCACAGCAACAUGCCAUCAAACCGCGGGGCAGGCAUCGAGAAGUCUCAAGAUUGGCUUUCGGAGGCCAGAAGACGACGUGGUACGAAGAGGCUAAACUCAACGCAGAGGGCUGUCGCAUGGGCGGUCGCAUGGGCGAGGACCAAGACCAGAUGCAAUGGCGAGACGUAGUCUGUCUACCGCGAUUUGGUGCUGUGGUGCUCGUCUAA